UAAAACAUGAAUGUGUACAGAUCCCACUAACUGUUUUUCUGAUACCCAACUUCCCAAUCGUUUUGUUAUUCAUUCCCAUUGUCCCAGCUUGGAGAUGACCUUUUUCUCUCCUCUCUCUGUCGCUCUCGCUCUGUUUUUCUUCGCUCAGUGACGGUGACAAGCUGUUGCUCUGUCCCCCUUGGCAACUCCCUCUCUUUCCCCUCCCUCUCCCUCUCUCUCUCUCUCUCUCUCUCUCUCCACCUGUUGAUGCCAUUGUUGCUCAGCCAGCAUUGUCUUUUAUUUUUUUACUCUCUACUCAUUUUACACACCCCUCUAUUAUUCUUCCACUUUCUCACUUUCUUCGUCACCAGUCACUCUUUCUCCUCGAGGACGUAUAUAAGAGGGAACAGGAGAGAAGACGGGGGAGUGAGAAAACACUUCUCACACACUUUAAACGUCUCGGCUAUUGGAUCACAACUGCCGGUGGGAGUGAUGUCUGUGUCUCUGUGGUGUGAAGAAGAAGAGGUCCAGGACAAGACUCAGGGUCGGGAGUCUUCAGUCAGAGCCCCAUGGGACCCAAGUGCCUCUGGAUUGAGGGUCAUACAGAGACUUCUGCAGUCAGAGGGAAGGUAUCUGCCCUCUCCACUCUAUACCUCGCUCAUCCAGAGAGAACCUCACCGGAGAGAGGAGCUAGCCAAGUGGACCAUGGAGGUGUGCUGUGAAUGUGAUUGUGAUGAAUCUGUAUUCCCUCUGGCCGUCUCUCUGUUGGAUCGAUAUCUGUCUGCCACUCUAUCCCUGCCCGUCUCGCCAACCUGUCUGGCUGCAGCUUGUAUCCUGGUGGCCUCCAAACUUACAGAAUGUGACACAGUUAGUGCAGAUACACUGUGUGCGGCAGCUGAGUACGACUUUAUGUCAUCCAGCCUUCGGGAAAUGGAGCGUGUUGUCCUGGCCACCCUGCGAUGGGAUGUGGCAGCCGUGACUCCUCAUGACUUUCUCCCACACUUCCUUGUCAUUCUCGGGGAGCUCAAGGAUGGCGCCACACAUACAGGAGAUUUUCUCACAACCCUGCGACGCCACAGCGACACACUUGUUGCCAUGUGUGUGUGUGACUCUCGUUUUCUGGGAACACCUCCGUCUCUGGUAGCGGCAGCAGCACUGAACUCUGCCCUUCGGGGGUUAAGGAUCAAGACUGCACUGGAACUGAGUGUUAUGACCUCUGCACUGGCCACGCUCUGUCAGACUGAUGUGGCCGUGUUACAGUGCUGCACUGAGCUGAUAGAGGGAGCUCUCAGAGAGAGGCUGAGAAAUGGCGCUCAGGAAGGAAAAGAUGAUGAUAUUGAAGAUGAAAGAGCCAGCACUCCCACUGACCUAAGAGAAAUAGACUUUUAAAACAGGGUUAACUUAUGAGUAAUAUUUAUUAUGACUGUUUUUCUGGAGCCUGCAUUUUAUUUAUCAGUCAAACUGAAUUGAACAAUGUGACAUUUGUGUCGUCGUAAGUAACUUUUGAAGUGUUCUAAUUUAUUUUUAUUUAUUUGUU